AUGAUGAUGGGACGACGACGCAGCAGGGAAACAGACCCAUUGAAGUCACACACAUACAACCUCUGCUCUUGUCCGACCUGUCACGGCUGCACGUCGCGGAAAGUAUCAGCGUACACUGGCACAGAACAACACAGGCAACUCAGCCGCUUCUGUCAGAUUGAGUGGAGGUUUUGGCUGACCUUUUGGCUGAUGGCGUGGGGCAACGCACGUGACACGACGAAAAGGGUCCAAAAUCCAAAUUUGGCUUUUUUCCCUUUUCCUUUUGGCUUUCUUCCGAAAUUUUGGACGGAAUUCGAGCUUUUCGUUUCUGCGUUGGAACAAGCAGCAAGCAAGACUCUCGGCGGCGGCCUUGUCCUCCUUCUUCUUCGCUACCAGGUACACCCUUCACGGCUAUUCUCUUUUUACAUCAAGCUGCUCGCUACGUACAGCACCAGCUGCAGAGAGGCAAGCUCGACCAGGAUGGCCAAGACCAUCGACUUUCUCGCCUCGGACGGCGAGGACGACUUUGCUGCUCGCCCAACCUCGACCAAGUCCAAGGCCACACGCAGCAACGCCGCCGCUUCAUCCAGCAAACCGCUGAAGAGACCCAAGAGAUCUGCAAAAGACGACGAUGACGAUGACAACGAUGACUUCGACAUCACCUCGUCGCUCCUCGUCGAUGCAGCCGGUCCCGCACCGGCUCCCACGCUCUCCUCCUCAGAGCAGGCUGCAAAGAAGGCCUAUGCAUCUCGCGCAGGCCCCAACGACGAUGACGAUGACGCCCGAUUCAUCGCUGCUGUCAUGCAGCAAGCCAACGUCAAAGCAGGCGUCGAGGUAGCGAAGAAGGCACUGUCAGGAAAGGGGAAGAACAAGCUCGGUUCCGGAAUAGUCACAGGAGGUGGAUCCUUCCAAAGCAUGGGUCUCCAUCCUUCCUUGCUUCGCUCGCUCCUCAUUCGCGGCUUCAACACACCAACACCCAUUCAGCGCCAAGCCAUCCCAGCUAUCAUGUCGCAACCGCCAAGAGACGUCGUGGGCAUGGCUCGCACUGGUUCAGGAAAGACGCUCGCCUACCUCAUCCCCCUCAUCAACCGUCUCAAUGGCCGUCAUUCGCGCACGUUCGGCAUCAAAAGUCUCAUCCUCUGCCCCUCGCGAGAGCUCGCAGUGCAGAUCCUGAGAGUAGGCAAAGAGAUUGCUCGAGGAUGGAAGGCAGACCCCGGCGAGGGUCAGGACAGUCGCGGAGAAGCUAUCCGCUGGGCUAUGAUCGUCGGUGGAGAGUCGCUCGAUGAGCAGUUCUCCAUCAUGUCCAACAACCCGGACGUCGUCAUCGCCACUCCCGGUCGAAUGCUUCACCUUACCGUCGAGAUGAAUCUGGACCUCAAGGCGGUCGAGUAUGUCGUGUUCGAUGAAGCAGACCGUCUCUUCGAGAUGGGAUUCGCCGAACAGCUCGAGGAGAUGCUGUUGCGGCUGCCUCCCACGCGACAGACAUUGCUAUUCAGUGCCACGCUACCCAAAAAGCUCGUCGAGUUCACCAAGGCGGGACUGCAGGCCAACCCCAAACUCGUACGUCUCGAUGCGGACAGCAAGAUCAGCGCCGAUCUCCGCAUGGCCUUCUUUAGCGUCAAGCCCUCCGAAAAGGAGGCUGCUCUGCUUUUGCUGCUGCGAGACGUCAUUGGCGUCCCUCUCGGCGAGCAAGCUGAGCCAGAUCUGGACGAAGAGGCUCAGUUCAACGAAGACGCGAGUAACGACGAGGGUGACGGUCGGCCACGACGAGGUUUCGGCAACAGGAAAGUCGACUUCAAAGGCAAGACCAAGGGCAAGCCUUUCGCCAAGCGAAAACGCGGCGGUCCUGGAGGCGCGCUCGAGUUGCUCCCCCACCAGACCAUCAUCUUUUGCGCAACCAAGCACCACGUCGAGUACCUGCUGCUGCUCCUCACCACCACCGGCUACGCAUGCUCUCACAUCUACUCUUCCCUCGACCAAGCCACGCGAGGCAUCCAAAUGUCUCGGUUCCGACGUGGUCAGACCAGCUUGCUCAUCGUCACCGACGUCGCCGCCCGUGGUAUCGACUUGCCUGUGCUCGAGCACGUCGUCAACUUUGACUUCCCGCCACAGCCACGUACUUUUGUGCAUCGAGUCGGACGUACCGCGCGUGCAGGUAGAAACGGUUGGGCUUGGAGCAUGUGCACCAACGCCGAGCUGCCUUACCUCUGCGAUUUGCAGCUGUUCCUUGCGCGGCCCCUCGUCUCUUCCCACACCGCCAUCGCUGCGAUUGCCGGUGGCAAGGACGUCGAGUUCGCCGCUCCGCUCGGUCUGCACGACAGUCUCGUCCUCGGCACCUUCCCUCGCGAAGCGCUCGACCUCGAAUCCGAGUUCAUCAGCUCGUCACUCACAAACACCUCUUCGUCCACCGCACACGAUUUCCCCGCUCUUCGUCAAGUCGCCGAACGCGCCCAGCAAAAGUACGAAAAGUCCAUCGCAAAAGCUUCGCAGGAAUCGCACCGUCGAGCCAAAGAGAUGGUCAAAGCAGGCAGCAUCGAGCAGAUCAACAUCCGCACCGCUUCCGGCAGCGAAGGCGAGGUGCCGGAUUGGACGUUGGCCGGAUCGCCGUUGGAAGAGAUGGCGGUCCACGACGUCAUCAAGCGCUCCGAAGUGUAUGGGUUGAACGGUGCGAAGAUGGCUGAAGCCGCGAAGAGUGUGCUCGGUGGUGAGGUGGUGGAGAAGACGAAGAUUGAUGGAGGCAAGGCGGUCAAGGACGCGGAAGAGGCGGCCAAGAGGGCGGCGCUGCUGGCCAAAGUGAAUGCUUUCCGACCGCAAGAGACGGUAUUCGAGAUCGGGAUGAGGGGAGAUGCUACGCCCUUGGGUGCGCUGAUGAGGAGCAGGAGGCAGACGAUGGAUGUCAAGACCAAGAGGGCCGAAGCGCUCGAAGCCAGGAAGAGGUCCAUGGAGGGCGGAGACGCCAUGGACGAGGAUGACGACGCUGAGACGAAUGUCAAGCUUGCCGCUGCUAAGAAGGGCAAGAAGAAGACGGCUGGCAAAGGUGAUGAGGACGACGAGGCAGCGGCGGGAGAUGCAACCGUGGAUCUCGAGCAAGCCGACGAAGCCGACAUUCUCGCUGCGUUUGACACGGGCCUCACCGCCAAGGCAAGCAGAUCUGCUCGACCUGACGACGGCGCAAACUCCGAGUCUGAACCUGACUCGGACGCCGAGGAGAAAGCCGCCGCACCAGCCUCCAAACGCCCUCGUACCACCAAAAAAGCCACACCCGCUUCCUACCGCGAUCCGAACUUCUACCUCUCCUACGAGCAGCAAGGUUCCACCUCGGAACGCGGCUACUCGCUCAACAACCCGCGCUCCCACACCGACUCCUUCAUCCAACAAGCUUCCGCCGCCUCGUUCGACCUAGCCGGAGACGAUGCCACGCUCGGCACACAGUCCCAACGACCCAACGUCACGCGCUGGGAUUCCAAAAAGAAGAAGUUCAUCCAAGGCACCGUCGGAGCAGACAACAAAAAGAUGAUCCGAACCGAAUCGGGCGUUCGCCUGCCCGCGUCCUUCCGUUCGGGUCGAUUCGAGGAGUGGAAGCGAGAGAAGAGGGUCGAUAUGCCCAAGACGGGCGAGCUGGAAUCCAACUCGAGACGUUCGCACGACCAGCCGCAUGCAGGUGGAAGCGUUAUGGGUCUCAAGAAGUACAGGCAUAACAAGGUCACUGCUCCCAAGGCACAGCAGCCCGUGUUUGGGAAGGGCAGACCGGGUCAGAGUAAGAGACAGGCCGCAAGGGACGAGGUCAAGAGCGCGAGGGAAAUUCAGAAGGAGAGGGAGAUCAAGGAGAAGAGGAGGGACAAAAACGCUAGACCGAGUAAGAAGGAUGCCAAGGGCAGGAGUAGAGGUGGCGGUGGUGGAAGGGGCGGUCGAGGUGGUGGUAGGGGAGGUGGACGAGGAGGAGGAGGAAGAGGCGGUGGACGAGGUGGAAAAAGGUGA